GAUCAUUGCCAUUGGGGCUUUCUAGUUGGUACACGACAUAUUAUUACCGAUUUUGGAAUUACAAGACACGUCAUGUUGAUAACUAGAGUUCAUUCUGAAAACUUAAACUAAUUUCAUUAAUAAUAACUUUCACGACAUAUCAGUAACAUUUUAAAAUUGGAUAACAAUGAGGCUGUUUGGUUACAUUAUCCUUUUGGCUGCAAUUUUACAUUGUUCAUAUGCACCACCUGUUUCCCCUGAGAAGGCUAAGGAACAAGACAGUGAUGUUGUGGAUGAUCUUGCCGAGUACACGGAGUAUCAUAGAUAUUUGAAGGAGGUUGUACAGGCUUUGGAAAGCGAUCCGGAGUUUAGAGAACGAUUGGACAAAGCUGACGAGGAUGACGUUCGUACAGGUAAAAUUGCUGAGCAGCUCGACUUUGUCAAUCACAAUGUUAGGACGAGGCUUGAUGAAAUUAAGAGACAAGAGUUGGAACGUCUACGGCAUCUUGCGACCAAGCAAUACGAGCUGUCAAACAAUCUGGAAGCUGAAGGCAAAGUUCCGUCCAGCGACCACUUGGACCAUUCGAAUCCACACACCUUCGAAAUAGAAGAUCUCAAGAAAUUAAUAUACAAGACGACGGCUGAUCUUGAAGCUGCUGAUAAGAAAAGACGGGAACAGUUUAAGGAAUAUGAAAUGCAGAAGGAAUUCGAGAAGCAUCAGAGGAUUGAAGCACUCGACGAGGCCCACAAGAAGGAAUACAUGGACAAAUUGAAGCAGGAGGAGGAAGCUAAGAAACAUCACAAACCGCUACAUCACCCGGGUUCUAAACAACAGUUAGAGGAGGUGUGGGAGAAACAGGACCACAUGGACCAACAGUUUGACCCGAAAACAUUCUUCAUGACCCAUGAUGUGGACGGUAAUGGUUUUUGGGACGCGGACGAAGUUAAGGCUCUGUUUAUAAAGGAGCUGGAUAAGAUGUACGGUCCGGGUGGUCCGAAUAAAGACCUCCACGAACGAGCCGAGGAAAUGGAACGCAUGAGGGAGCACGUGUUCAAAGAAAACGAUAAAAACCACGAUGGUCUUAUAGACUUCAAUGAAUUUAUGCUCGAGACUCAGCGAGCUGAAUUCAAUCAGGACGAUGGUUGGAAACCAAUCGACGAGAACCAGAUUUAUACUCAAGCUGAAUACGAGGCUUAUGAACGCCGACGACAGGAAGAACUUCAUUAUUUACAACAACGUGGACUGGUUGAUGCUCAUGGCCGUCCAAUUCCUGGAGCCCAACAUCAAAUAAACCAGGCAUAUCACCAGAUGCAGCAGCAAUACCAGCAACAGUACCCUCAAGGCCAACCGAUGCAGCAAUACCCUCAAGGACAGUAUCCGCCGCAAUAUCAGGGACAUGUUCCACAAGGUCAAUAUCAGGGACAAGUUCCACAUGGUCAAUAUCAGGGACAAGUUCCACAAGGUCAAUAUCAAGGACAAGUUCCACAAGGUCAAUAUCAGGGACAAGUUCCGCAAUAUCAGGGACAAAUCCCACAAGGACAAUACCAAGGUCAAGUACCCCAAGGACAAUAUCAGGGACAAGUUCCCGCAGGACAGAUUCAUCAAAGUCAAGUCCAGCAAGCACCAGUUCCUCCACAAGCACCACAGGGGCAAGCAGAACCUGGCCGAGCUCAGCAACAAGUCCCUCAAGCUCAAAUACAGCAACAAGUUCAACCAGGUCAACCUCAGCAACAAGUUCCGCAAGGACAAGUUCAGCAACAAGUUGCACAGGGUCAAGUUCAACAACAAGCCUCUCAAGGACAAGUGCCACCAGCUCUAGAGCAGGGCCAAGCUCAAGGUUCACAACAAUCACCCCCUGCUCAAAAUCUUAGCGGAUUACAGCACUAAGUAAUUUGAUAUCUAUUCAUGAAACUAGAUUUUAGCUGCUAUAAUUAUUUCGAUUUGUAAAAAUUAAUCUGGGAAGUGCUAAUUUAUUCCCUUCAUAAGAUUUUAUAUUAUUAUCAUAAUUCAAAAAUAUAAAACCGUGUAUAAAGUACUUUUUUAGAGGUUGUCAAAGGUUGCCAAAAUUAAUAAAUAAAUUGACUUUAUUACUACUGUAUUGUAUUGAGAUUUUUAGAUAUAAACAAUUAAGUGACACUAAAAA